AUGUCCACCGAGGAACCUAUCCCUGUGCCGUCUAGCAUACCUAUUGGAAAACCGCCCCGAUCCGUCUCAGCAUCUCGAAGACGUAGAGAACAAGCCCCAGAAGGAAGAGCAGCCACAAGACCACCCAGCAUGAAUUUCUUUCCUUUGGGCUACAAAGACGCCGUGUCUCAAUGGUGGAACAGUGUUUCACCUACGGUCGCAGAACGCAAUGUAUUAUCCUGUAUCCCAUAUCUCCGAGAAGCGAUCGCAUCGACGACAGGUUCCGCGGCCGAAGUGCCCUCGGCCGAACACCCAGGCGAGGCGCAAACAACAGCCAAAAUGGAUCCAUACGGACCAAGAAUAUGGAAGUCGACAAUGGUUACGCUAUCAGGGAAGAAUAGGGGUAUGAAUGAAUUCUCAGUCGAGCGUGUUGGCGAGCAAGUCGAUGACACUCUGGUCAUGCUUCACGGGUAUGGAGCUGGACUAGGAUUUUAUUACAAAAACUUUGAAAGUCUCAGUCGAUCGAAGGGAUGGAAACUAUAUGCGCUUGAUUGGCUAGGAAUGGGAAACUCGACAAGGCCUCCAUUUAGAGUCUGCUCGAGAGAUCCAGCCACAAAGAUCACAGAAGCAGAGAACUGGUUCAUAGACGCAUUGGAGGAAUGGCGAAAGAUUCGAAAGAUCGAGAAAUUCACUCUUCUCGGCCAUUCUCUGGGCGGUUACCUGGGUGUCUCAUAUGCUCUCAAGUAUCCAGGCCACAUUAACAAGCUCAUCCUCGCUUCCCCGGUCGGAGUUCCUGAGGAUCCUUAUGCUGUUAAUGCUGACAUGCCAGAGCCUAUGGACUCAUCAUUCCAGGACGAGUUUACUGUGGAUCAACAAGCCACAACCGAAAGCCAUCUUAACGCCAACAAGCCAGGACAACCAGAAGCCAAUGCACCUAAGAAGCGCCCCUACCCACCAUGGUUGGUUUGGUUAUGGGAUGCCAACGUAUCACCCUUUAGUCUUGUGCGAAUGGCGGGACCCCUGGGACCACGAGUUGUGUCAGGUUGGACCUCCCGUCGAUUUAACCAUCUUGGUCCAGAAGAGAAACAAACCCUUCACGACUAUGCAUAUUCAAUUUUUAAACAACGGGGAAGUGGUGAAUAUGCGCUACCAUAUCUCCUUGCCCCGGGUGCACAUGCUCGACGGCCUAUCGUUAACCGAAUUCAUCGGGUGGGUCGGCAAGUUAUCACCCCUGCGACCGAGACAGCCCCGGCUGUAAAGGAGACAGGAUUCCCAAUCGUGUUUAUGUACGGGGAGAACGACUGGAUGGACGUUGCAGGUGGUCUUGCAGCUGAAGAGAAGCUCAAGCAAGUCAGGGCCAAGGUGCUUUUGCAUGGUACAGAUGAAGAGAAGAGAAGCGAAAACGGAAAAGCGAAGGUUGUUAUCGUCAGCAAAGCCGGACACCAUUUAUACCUCGACAACCCGAAUGAAUUCAACGAAUACAUCCGCAAAGAGUUAGAAGACACUCGACGGCGGACGUUGCAAGAGAAGGCUUAA